AUGGUCUAUGGGGAUCUUCACGAGCUGGCCUGGUACUCCAUCUUCUCCUGGUCCCCCCACAUGGUCACAUGUGGUACCCUCACAGCCCCGGACUAUUGCAGGGCGUGGGGCCGCGCUGGGAAAAUGGUGGGCGCCGGGACUGGCGAGUUUCCUGGAAUAGUUGGUAAGAGCUUGGCGGAGACUCUGCCAGCUUCCGGGAUCAUUGACUUCCUCAUAAGCCAGCACCCAAUUGCUCACGUCCUGCGGGAACACCUGGUCUUUAAGAUUGCACCAAUGCUCUACCCUGAUGGAGUCUACCUGGGCAAUUACAGGUGCUCUCUGAUGGGGUUUGACCUGAACCGUCACUGGCUGGAUCCCUCUCCAUGGGCCCACCCUACCCUGUAUGGGGUAAAACAGCUCAUCAUCCAGAUGUACAACGACCCAAAAACAAGCCUGGAGUUCUAUAUCGACAUCCAUGCUCACUCUACCAUGAUGAAUGGCUUCAUGUACGGCAAUGUCUUUGAGGAUGAGGAGCGCUUCCAGAGGCAGGCCAUCUUCCCCAAGCUGCUCUGCCAGAACGCUGAGGACUUCUCCUAUCUGCUCAUCGUCUGGACCCUGCUGGGCAACGUGCUGGUGUGCGCGGCCAUCGUGCGCAGCCGCCACUUGCGCGCCAGGAUGACCCACAUGUUCAUCGUGUCUCUGGCCGUGUCCGACCUCUUCGUGGCCUUGCUGGUCAUGCCCUGGAAGGCUGUGGCGGAGGUGGCCGGCCACUGGCCCUUCGGGGCCUUCUGCGACGUGUGGGUGGCCUUCGACAUCAUGUGCUCCACCGCCUCCAUCCUGAACCUGUGCGUCAUCAGCGUGGACCGCUACUGGGCCAUCUCCAGGCCCUUCAGCUACCAGCAGAGGAUGACCCCGCGCGUGGCCCUGGUCAUGGUGGGCCUGGCCUGGACCCUGUCCAUCCUCAUCUCCUUCAUCCCGGUCCAGCUCCACUGGCACCGGGACGAGGCAGGCUCCCCGGGUGCGGUGGACCCGCCACCAGCCGACCUGGCCAACGGGACGUCCUGGGGGACAGCGGGGGACCCAGAGGUGCGGGAGGAGAACUGUGACUCCAGCCUGAACCGCACUUACGCCAUCGCCUCCUCGCUCAUCAGCUUCUACAUCCCCGUGGCCAUCAUGAUCGUGACCUACGCUCGCAUCUACCGCAUCGCGCACGCCCAGAUCCGAAGGAUUGCCUGCCUGGAGAGGGCGGGGCAGCGCGCGCAGAGGUGCGGCAAGGUGCUGAAGACCCUGUCGAUGAUCAUGGGGGUCUUCGUGUGCUGCUGGCUGCCCUUCUUCCUCCUGAACUGCAUGGCCCCCUUCUGCAGCCGCCGCCCCGAGGGCGCCCGCGCCGGCUUCCCCUGCGUCAGCGACACCACCUUCGACGUCUUCGUCUGGUUCGGCUGGGCCAACUCCUCCCUCAACCCCGUCAUUUACGCCUUCAACGCGGACUUCCGGAAGGUGUUCGCCCAGCUGCUGGGGUGCGGCCGCCUCUGCUCCCGGCGGCGCACCCGAGUGGCGACCGUGACCCUCAGCAACGAGCUCAUCUCCUACGACCAGGACACCGUCUUCUCCAGGGAGACCGCAACCGCCUACAGCCACGUGGUCCCCAGCGAGGUGACCCCCCACCACAGGGAGGGGGACAAGGAGGAGGAGGGCCCUUUGGAUCUCAUGUGCCAGAACUCUCAAGCGUCCCCAGAGGGUGACCCUGCCGCCCAGUCUGUCUGGGAGCUGGGCUGUGAAGCGGAGACUUCAUUAGGCAAAAUGCCUUUCUCCUCAAGUGGGUUCCAUUAAACUGCAUACAAAUGCCCUUCGUGGACCUACAGAGCUGCCCAGACACUGAAGCACGGGGAACACACACACACACACACACACACACACACACACACACGUCCAGUGUUGCUCGGAUCACCAUCGCUCCUGUCUCUGUGUAGUAGCGUUUGUGCUUAGAAACCUUACCUGAUUGGUUUGUUGUUGAAAGAAUUGGCAGAAGCAAUUGGGGCAAACUCGGUGUAAUAUACCCCAGUCUGGCAGAUGCGGACCGAUGGUCCUUUUAGAGGUGGUGUUUGGUCCUUACAAAAAACUGGAAAUGUGGGACUUAAACAUAUAUCCUCUUCCCCUUUAAACUAAUGGAUGGCUCAGCGACUUGGGCUCGGGCGGCUUUUUGAAUAGGUUCGGCGUGUGCGGUGCUGACGGGCGGGUGGCUCUGCUCCCCUGUCUCUUGCCUCCCGGGGCCUGUGUUGAAGCAGCAUCUGCGCUCGGCGUCCUCCGACAGCUGAGGAAUGUUUCCCGACGU